GCCCGUCACCUCUCUCUCUCUCUCUCUCUCUCUCUCUCUGCGUGUGUGUGCGUGUCAAUGGAGAAGCUAUCGAACUGCAGAGCAAAUUAUUCUGCUCUCACCCCCAUCACUUUCUUGGAGAGAGCUGCCGGAGUUUAUGCCAAUCGCACCUCCGUCAUUUACGCCGGUGUCCGUUUCACGUGGCGGGAAACAUAUCACCGCUGCCGCUGUCUUGCAGCUUCCCUCCGCUCCCUAAAUAUCAUCAAAAACAGUGUUGUAUCGGUGCUGGCGCCAAAUAUUCCAGCCAUGUACGAGAUGCAUUUUGCGGUUCCAAUGGCCGGCGCCGUUCUAAACACCAUCAAUACCCGCCUUGACGCCAAUAACAUCGCCACCAUUCUCCGCCAUUCCGAGUCCAAGAUCUUCUUUGUGGAUUAUCAGUACGUGCCGUUGGCCACAGAAGCCUUCCGGCUGCUCAUGGCCAAAUCUGCCGAGUCCGCCACCAACAACAUUCCGCUUGUUGUAGUCAUCGACGACAUCGACUCCCCCACCGGCGUCCGCCUCGGGGAGCUGGAGUACGAGCAGCUUGUGCAGCACGGCGACCCCAGCUACGACCCUGAAGAGGUCAUCAAUCUAGACGAGCUCGAUCCGAUUGCUUUGAACUACACGUCGGGAACCACCUCUGCUCCUAAAGGAGUAGUGUACACCCACAGAGGUGCCUACCUGAGCACCCUCAGCCUCCUUUUGGGCUGGGAAAUGGGCACCGAGCCCGUGUAUUUGUGGUCGCUCCCCAUGUUUCACUGCAACGGCUGGACCUUCACGUGGGGUGUCGCUGCGCGAGGUGGCACCAACGUAUGUCUCCGUAGUGCGACAGCAUAUGACAUGUACAAAAGCAUUAACCAACACAAGGUGACGCAUAUGUGCUGCGCACCUGUCGUCUUCAACCUCCUCCUGGACGCCAAGCCCGACGAGCGGCAAGAAAUCAAGUCUGCGCCGGUGCAUGUACUCACUGGUGGAGCUCCCCCGCCGCCGCCGCUCCUCGAAAAGGUCGAAGCGCUGGGAUUUCACAUCACGCACGCCUACGGUCUCACGGAAGCAACCGGGCCCGCACUCGUCUGCGAAUGGCAGGCUCGGUGGAACCAGCUGCCGCUGCACGAUCAAGCGAAGCUGAAGGCGCGGCAAGGGAUCAGCGUUUUGUCCCUCGCCGACGUGGAUGUAAAGGAGUUGGCGACGAUGGCGAGCGUGCCUCGCGAUGGGAAAACGAUGGGGGAGAUCGUUUUGCGGGGAAGCAGCAUCAUGAAAGGGUACUUCAAAGACGCGGCAGCGACGAAACAAGCGUUCGAGAAAGGGUGGUUUCGCACCGGCGACAUGGGGGUUAUUCACCCAGAUGGGUACUUGGAGAUAAAGGAUCGGUCAAAGGACGUGAUCAUAUCGGGCGGAGAGAACAUCAGCAGCGUAGUGGUGGAGGCUGUAUUGUACAGGCACCCGCGCGUGCUGGAAGCGGCGGUCGUGGCAAUGCCACAUCCACUCUGGGGAGAGAGCCCCUGCGCUUUCAUCGCCUUGAAGAAGAACGCGGAGGGGAAUGCCGAGGAGGUAAACGAAGCCGACAUCGUUUCAUACUGCCGGAGAAAUCUUUCAGGCUUCAUGGUUCCGAAGAAGGUGGUGUUUUUGGAGGAGCUGCCGAAGACGUCGACGGGCAAAAUUCAGAAGUUCGAGCUAAGGGUUUUGGCUAAGGCACUGGUCGUAUCGAAGAAUGCGUCUUCCAAGAAGUCUACCCAACGCAGUGCAAACCAACAGUCUCAGAACAACACUCAUCGACCUGAAUAUGAGCGGGGACUUGUCUUGUCACGCCUUUAGAGAUUAUAGAAAUAAUAAUAAUUAUAAAGCUCAUGUUUGAUCAUAUCUGGCCAUGGGACCGUCAUGUCGGUUGCAACCUGUGGCUUACCGGUGGUCGAACUGUUAGCAUGAUGGUAUAUAUAUAAUUAUUUUCUUGUUUAUUUCUUAUGUAUAAGUUCUUAAUUACAAAUAACAAAAAAUGAUAAAAGAUAUCUAA